ACAUUAAGCUGUAAAAAUAAAAUACAUUGAAUUGCUUAUUUGGAAAAAUCAAUGGUGUAAUGUUGAAAAACGUUAAUGGACAGAAUCUGCCCGCGUUUUCAUCAUGUCUCAAACAUAACCAUACUCUUAACUCUUUCUCUCUCCUAAACCAAAUCUUAACAUGUCGAUGUUACUAAGGAAACUGUUGGAAAUCAUGUUGAGACGAAAUCCAACAUGUUCCGAUGAAGAAAACCAAGUCUUGGAGCGUGGUGAUUUGGGUGAAUUGGAUCAACUACCUAGUGAUAUCUUGGUACAAAUUUUGAGACUUUUGGGUCCCAAAGAGGUUGCGAAACUGAGUGUGAUUUGCAGGUCUUUGAGAUUUUUUGUAUCUGAUAAUCGCUUAUGGCUUCACUUCCUUCAGACUCAUCAAUCUGAUCCUUCUUGGGAUUCUGUUUUCUUUGCUGAAACUAAUUUGACUUCUGGUUACCCUAUUCCAUCCUUUGUUGGUCAGAGGCCACAGUUGUCAUUCAAACAUAUCUAUGGCCAAAGAGCACAAGUUCCCGGUGCUAUUAUCAUUGAUGGCGGUUCUGGCUAUUGCAAAUUUGGUUGGAGCAAAUACGCUUGUCCGUCAGGACGAUCCGCAACAUUUUUGGAAUUCGGCAACAUUGAGUCGCCAAUGUAUACUAGACUUCGACAUUUUUUCGCAACUAUUUAUAACAGGAUGCAGGUGAAACCGAAUAAUCAACCGGUUAUUGUUUCUAUACCGAUAUGCCAUUAUGAAGAUACUGAAUCAGCCAGAGCAUCGAGACGGCAACUUAAAGAAGCGAUUUAUGCUUCCCUUUUCGACUUGAAUGUUCCUUCUGUUUGUGCUGUCAACCAGGCGACUCUAGCUUUAUAUGCUGCGAAACGAACUUCUGGAAUAGUGGUUAAUAUAGGUUUUCAAGUCACAUCGGUAGUUCCAAUUUUUAAUGGUAAAGUAAUGCGCAAGAUCGGUGUGGAAGUUUUGGGAUUCGGAGCGCUGAAAGUUACGGGAUUUCUCAAGGAAAAGAUGCAACUGAAUAAUCUAAAUUUUCAAUCUUUAUACACCGUUCGCGCUUUGAAAGAGAAUCUAUGCUACGUAGCUCUUGAUUACGAAGCGGAGCUAUUGAAGAAAAACACACAAGCAUCGUUUCAAGCUGCGGGAGAUGGAUUGUUUACACUUUCGAAAGAACGGUUUCAGACGGCAGAGGUUUUAUUCAAGCCGCAUCUUGCUGGAAUGCAAGAAAUGGGUUUGCACCAUGCUAUAGCUCUCUGUAUGGAGCAUUGCCAUUGUGCAGAUUUACCGGGCGAAAGUGAUUGGUACAAAACUGUCGUUUUAUCGGGAGGAACCGCAUGUUUGCCAGGUUUGGCAGAAAGAUUAGAAAAGGAACUCCAUAGCUUACUUCCUCCAUUCGUGUCGAAUGGAAUUCGAGUCACACCUCCUCCAUACGGCGUCGACACUCCAUGGUUUGGAGCGAAAAUGAUUGGCAAUUUGAGCACAUUUCCCGGUCCUUGGUGUGUGGAAAAAUCGAAGUUUCGCCAGAAGCCUAGACUCAGUCUCAUAUGGUGAUUAUUUUGUUCUAAAAUAUAUUUCCUCAAUAAUGUAAUUUUUUUCCAACUUUUUGUUUCUUUGUAUAUUUAUAAAUAUGAUGAUAUCUAUGGUGAUUAAAAGCAUAUAAUAAACAUUAGGAUUGUUAAGAAUAAUGUAAUAAGUUGUUCUAAAAUAUAUUUUCUCAAUGAUAAGAGAGAAUCAAUAUGCAUUUCAUUUUAAA